UAUACUUGUUACCCACUCUCUUGCCCACUCUUCCUUUGCCUCCUUCGUCCCACGAUCUAUAGAUUUCUCCACGUUUGUCCGACGUGAGCUUUCCCGGGACUUCGUUUCUCCUAUUCUUUUAUUCUCCCCCUCUUGCACUUCUGACCUCACUCCUUUCCUUUCCCCUUUCCCCACCCGAUUUCACAGCCUCCGCCUCAGCCUCGCUUGCUACCGAGCUGUUCAUUGUCGUGCAGGUCGCGGCCAGCAUCAUCAUUUCCUUGAACUCAGUCUCAUUCAGCUCUUUGCUGAUGCACUUUCUUUCUCCAUUUCCUAUCCUCUUACUAUUCUUGGAUUUUCUGUUGAACGAAGCUUCGACAUUCAGCUAUUGACAAGCAUAAUUCUCCGCCACCACCAACUAUAGACACGCUUCCCACCUCUGUCGCCGUACUACUGGUCAAUGGUAGUCCGGGAGCACCGAUAGGCGUGGUUGAAGCCCAGAAAAGAAUGCUAUUCAACCUUGGAUUGACCGCGGAUGCAGCAGCAGCUCACAACAGCGACGUUCUUGGUCCCCAGUCCGAUCCCCAGACCUUGUCGCGCCAUUCCUCGCCGCCUGUAUCCUUCGCGACGCUACCAACCUGGGGUCUGGGAAGCUUGUACGGCCGGCGCAGAGUGACAGAAACAGACAAGCCGCCGCUGCAAGAACCACCACGUGCAAUGUCGAGGCCACCUGCAGUAGACCAGAUAUUAUUGUCGAGCGAUGACGAGCAUUCGACCGUCGGGCCAACUCUAGCUUCCUCGAGGAUCGCUCGCUCAUAUUCGACUAGGAAACAAUCGUCGCGACCUAAAACGUCAUACCAAUUAGCGCAUCCCGCAUCCCACGCACGUCACAGGCGACUGAAACUCCGACCCAAGCUCCUCUUACAACUCCAACAGGUGUCACAAACCCCGCGUCCGUUACCCAUUUUGGACGUACUCCCGUCAAGUGUGUUUCUGCCUAGACUGGCCCGCAAAUUCCCAACCAUCUUUCGCGGCAAGAAAGGACUAGGCCCCAACGACCUGAUCGUCGUUACCGGCGAUCGCUAUGAACAGAGCCAAGGCGAUUUCGCCGACAGGCAUCUGAGCUCCGAUGAAGAGAACGGAGAGUACCGUGAAGUGGUCGCAACGAUAUGCCAGCUGUUAACGGAUGAUGCAUUAUCGAAAGGCAAGGCGGAAAUCUGCCUCAGUUGUGGACCGGUUUGGGAGGCGACGCCUCUGGCCAAUGGCUCAUACGAGUUUGUGGCCCAGACCGACGAAGGUAUCCAGGUCCUGCGAUGGGUGCUGCGGGGAGGCAAGAACCGUCGCGUGUCGGCACCCCCCGAUUUUGGCCUCCAGGAAGACAGCAAGCGCUUCACAUUCAGCGUGAUCAACCCUAACACCCGCCGUCACCCUGUCCUCGCCACGAUGACCCGGAAUCAUCUGGAGGUAUUCCAUGAGUACUCAAUGCCGGCCACCUCGGGGAUCGCAUCCCCUACUUCUGCCAUGUCUGUUAUCAGCGACCUCUCGGAGAUGGACGAGCCAUUGGGCGGAAGGAUGCCUGUUGACGACAACCUACGCAUGUUGAUCAUUGUUACAAGCUUCUGGGUGGCCUUCCGAGAGGGCUGGUCGCAUACCUUCAGCUACAACGACGCCGCUUCGACGCUCAACCCCAGAUCUCGCUGUCCGUCACGACAGAGCUCCCCGACAGCCGUUAGGGCUGAAAACGAUCGGGCGUUGGAGGAAGAAGUCAGCAACCCGACAGGUCCCGCCGCCACGAACCGCAGACAUCGAAUGUCCACAUCCAGCUGCAUGUCAUCACCACCCAACACAAUUUCCGACCAAUCAACGCUCGGUCGUCUCUCGAGACGUUCCAACUCAACCGGAGCAGCAUUUAUUGAGCGGACCAACCGACGUGCCUCUGGCACCCUCGGCCGCCUCAAUCGCCACAGCACGCUUUCCAGCACCCGUGAGCCGGUCCAUGACGCGGAUGCCAACGCCACGCCCACCCCGACUCGACAAGAUUCGAGCACGCGCAGACGCUGGUCCCACCGCAGGAAGUCCGAGGCGCCGGUCCUGAAGCAAGCGCCCGACAAGGAUAUCGACCGGUCGCAAGGUACAAGAAGCCCUCGCCCGCAGCCUCAACAACAACAACAUCCACAGCCGGACCGAGCAAACGGGAGUGCGUCUCCAUCGAACAACAAAUCCAUCGAACAACCACCAAAGGGCAAACGUCGACAUCGACUCAGCAGUCUAUUCGACUUCAUCAUCCGCAAAAGCACCCAUUCACAUUGAAAUCCAUACGUCCCACGACAGAGAAACAGAAGCCUGGUGCUUUUACUAUGACCUU